AAAAGGCUAAUUUCGUAAACACAGAAUAGAAGCGAACUGUGUUACAUGACAGAAAUUAUUAGUUUUUCUAAAUUUUGAGCAAUCUUCUCAGAAAUGAAGUGGGAAUACAAAGAUGAACAUCCCUUUGAGAAGAGGCGCGCAGAAGGCGAAAAAAUAAGGAAGAAGUACCCAGAUAGAGUGCCAGUUAUUGUUGAAAAGGCACCAAAGGCUAGAGUUGGAGACUUGGACAAGAAGAAGUAUCUAGUACCCUCAGAUCUUACAGUUGGACAGUUUUACUUCCUUAUCAGAAAGAGAAUUCACCUGCGACCGGAAGAUGCCCUGUUUUUCUUUGUCAACAAUGUGAUUCCCCCAACCAGUGCCACGAUGGGCUCAUUAUACCAGGAACACCAUGAGGAGGAUUUCUUCCUGUACAUCGCAUACAGUGAUGAAAGUGUGUACGGGGCAUAAGCUGUGACAUGGACCAGUGGAAACAUUGAACUUAAUAAUAUAUAUGAUUGAAAUUUUGAAUUACAGAAACUAUUGUGAUGUUUGAACGUCAGUUAAACAGUUUAGUUUUUAGCUUUUUGUAUUACACUUGUUAAUCUUUAUUGAAAUUAGUUGUUUUCUCUCUCUGUCACUGAUGUGAUAUUAAGUUUUACUGUACCAUCUCGAGAAUAAAUCACAAGGUUGUAUACUUUUAUGAUUUACAUGUGAUUUUGUUUAGAUCUUUUAACAAAAAUUGUUUUGUUAAGUUAGAUGGAAGACGGCCACUAACCUAUUACUGAAGAUUGAAACAUUCUCUAUAAAAGGAUCUUCUGGAAAGUUUGCAUAAUCCAUUUGGAUUCAAAAUUACACAUGUAGAGGUAUAUGUUAUACUUUAAACGAUUCUUGUCUUUCAAUAUGUUGCAAUGUAAUACAUUGUGUGUCACACAUAAAAUAUGUUCUGAACGCUUCCAAUCAGCUGCUUUUAGUAAUCUAUAAGGUUUUUCUCUCAAAUCAGUUGAAUAUCUUAUUGUUUAUUAUAUUUCUUUUUAUUAAUCCUGGUUGCAACUGUAUACAACUAUGUUCAGAAAGCAAAAUACUUGUUUGUCAGAUCUUCAUACGACUCUGAGUAUAAUAAGGUCGAAGGGUGUUACAAUAUGACCCUUUGCAAAUAAAUAUGAGUUGUUUAAAUUAAAAAAAAACAUUCCCUCUUUCGAAGUUUUAAUUUUAUACUUUGUAUAAGACAAUGCGAAGAAGUUCUUUUAACAAGUCAAACGUUAGUAAGUUUAUAAAUGUCUGAAUGUUCUAAAUCAUUUUCUGAAAAUCCCAGAGGGAAAUCUUUAGUGAAAACUCACUCAUUAGCUUAGAAAUGGUAAGGUUGACAACAUAUGUUGCUGGUUUGAUUUUAACUAUUAAGGGUCUGGUGACGGUAUUGCUUAUUAUCAAAAACUAAUCAUUGGCAUAUUGGACCAUGCUUUAUUGUUGUUGUAUCAUCAUAAGAGGUCAGUGUUUGCUGGUUGAUCUUUGCCGUCAAUGAAGGAAUCAUUUUGCAAAUUGUGUGCACAAACUAAGUAAAUGAUGUUAAUUAACAUAAUGGUAAUUUCAAAAUAUAUGUUCAGAAGAGAAUUUUUUGAUGGACUAAAAUAAAUCCAAAUAAAGCAAUAGUUUAAAUUACGCAUGUUGAUGUUAUGUUGCAAGACUGUUAUAUUGUAAAAAAACGUAGGCUAUUUGUAUCACAUAUUUUUUCAAAUACUUUAUUCAUUGCGAAGUAUGUGUGGCACUAUUUGUAAUGUUUUAUCAUAUGUGUAUUACAUGUAACUGUAAAUAUUGUGUUUUAACUAUUAUUGUCUUUUUUUGUGAUUGAUUUAAAUUGAACAGGCAAAGUGUUAUUUGUAAGAUUUAACGUAUGUUUUAUGUGCAAACAUUUCAUUUCCUUGUAAUGUGACUUAAAACUUGGCAUUGAUCACAUCUUUAACAAAUAUGUCCUCAUAAGUGAUGCUUUAUGCAUAACAAACCAAAACAUUUAGGUACAUACAAGAGUGGUGCUAUACCAGUUAAAAUUUAAAAGUUUUUUUAUAAAUAAAGAUUUAAUACAGUAGAUUUCAAUAAUAUUAUCAAAGUCAGGUAUGAUUGAAGACUUAAUAGAAUGAGACCACUCAAUAUUACCGUAAUGUGUCUUCAUUUUAUUUGCAUGCAUGUUUCUUCAACUUUUGUUGCAACUUCACUUGUAUCAGUUUGGCAUUGGGUCAAUUCCUGCAUCUAACACUGUCCCUGCUGAUUUUUUGUCGAAGUUUGAGCAAACUUGAUUGAGCUAAAGUAAGAUAUUGUUGAUAUGUAUGUUGUAAUAAAAAUUGUUCGG